UCAGUCGUCAGCAUUUAAUCGGGACUUCUGAAUCAUUACGUAAAUCAUGCCCAAAAAGUGGGCUAAUUAUUUUCCAGAUCAGUGUUCUAAAAAUGCUGUUCACAGCGGCUUCUGUUCUGGGAGAAGACGCAUUACAGUUGGGGAUAUAUUAAAGUGGAUUAUGUUUAGAUUUUAUACAGAGAUUUCGGUGUUUUUCUGUUCUGAUUUUUAUUCUGUAGGGCUAGAAGGGUGUAUUUAUUCUAAGAUACGUUGGAAUCCAGUAGUUUGUUUGAAUGAAUUCUUUUCAUUCCGUAAAUCUAACCAAGUAGGCUAUUAUUCGGCAGAUGGAUGUUCCAAGAAUGGUGCAUACUGCGGCUACUGUUUUCCACGAACAGGAGGACGAGGAGCGCAGCGAGAAGCAGGUUCUGGUGCUGGGUCUGGACGGCGCGGGGAAGAGCAGCAUGCUGCAGGGCCUGACAGGAAGUGGAACCCGGCGGCAGUGCCGGCCGACCCGCGGCUUUAACUUCAUGAGCCUGAACACGCCAGCCUGCCAGCUGGACUUCCUGGAGAUUGGAGGUGGCGAGGACCUGCGCAGGUACUGGGCGGAGUACCUGAGGAGGACGCACGUCCUGGUGUACGUGGUGGACUCCUCCGACAGGCGGCGCCUCCCACUGGCCAAGGACGAGCUCCAUCGCCUCCUCCGGGCCGAAGGGCAGCUGCCUGUGCUCGUCCUGGGAAACAAGCAGGACAAGCCCGACGCGGUGAGCGUGCCGGAGCUCCGUGAGGCCCUCUCCCUGGGGGGGGUCGGGGGCGAGAGGAGGCUGUACCUGAUGGCGGCUCAGCUGGGCGCUGACGGGUUCCACGCCCCCUGCAGCCUGCAGGCCGUCCAGGACCUGCUCCUGCAGCUGGUGUGAGCCCCCGCAGGACGAGAGGAAGAGCCCCAGGGCCCCCCAUGCAGUCCGGGGUUUGGGGGGGGGGCUCUGACCCUGCCGGGGGAGGGGCGUUUAAAUCCUCACGACUGAGGAUUGUAGAUGAGCGUAGAUGAGUGACCUCCCUCUGCAGGACACUUAAAACUGGAACUACAAGGCCGGCCGAUGGCAGGCUCAAACUGGAGGAAGGUUUCGCGUCAUUGUUUCCAGGAAUAACCAACAAAAACCUACGGCAUAAUAGCAACACAGGGACAAUAUUACGCAUUAUUUGAAGAGUAUACGCAUGCAAAAGAUCCGUUAUAUUGUAGCAUAGAUUUUUAAAGACAGAGCUUUUUUUAAUCUCUAAUUGAACUCUUUCAAUUUUAAGUUUUAAUUGUAAAUAAGACUCCAGUGAAAAUGUAGCAGUUUGACUGAAAGCAAAGCCAUUCCUUAAGAACAGGUGUGCAUUACGAAUGUUCUGUGGAGAUGAAAAAGGAAAUAUAUGCUCAGACAUAAUUUAUUAAUCAGUGGUACGAUUUGCAGGGCAAUGAAUUGAUUAUUCAGAAAAUAUUUCUGACGUUUUUGUGCAAUAGAUGCAUUGGAACUCAAUAAUCAGUGUUUACUUGGCUAUGGUAUUGAAUGACCCGCCCUGAAAAAUGGAUUUUAGUGUUGUGUAACAUUAUCGGGAUGCGUAUUUUUGAGUGUUACUCAACACAAGUUUUCUUAUUUCUGUAUAAUUUACAAAGUGAUGUAUUUAGGACACUAACUAGAAUCACGCUACUCUUGAGCUAAGAAUUUAGUUGCCAAUUUGAAUUGAUAACUUAUUUCUAUACUGUGAUACUUGUGCCUCAGUGUCAAAGCAGAGAUGUGUAAUAUAUUAUAAGAAAACAUUUUGAAUGUCGAAAAUGUAGUUUUCCUAUUAAAAUGAAAAUAAAUACAUGUACUACAUUUUAGUUUGUAAAAUGAAAAACAUGUAGUGUCUUAUAAAUGUAAUUCAAGAUGUAGAUUUUAUAUUAAUGACUGUGAAAAUUCCCGCCUUGUACAUACUUUAUGAUUGUUGAAUUGAGUAGUAAACUGAUUUAGCGGAGUGCCACGAUAGUUUAAUCCGUGUGAAUGUUCCUGUGAAAUACAGAUCUGUCGCUGUGUCUUACACUGAAGUGCAGCGCUUUCAGAUUUUUGGUAUUUUGUGCUUUGAGUUUGUCACAUGCAGCCACACUGCUGGAAUGAACUGGAAUGCUGUCAUGGUGACAGUUUGUGUCGCGUUGGUUUUAUUCUGCACAGCAUUACAGCAAAUGCCACAGAAAGCGGGAUACUGACCUUACAUUUUUUGUAGUCACAAAGGAAACACUGAUAAGACGACUGAUUGAUGGUGAAAAAUGUAUUUUAAAAUUAAAUGUCAGUAUUGUUGGUGUACAUGUGAAUUUCAUGUAAAUGUACUUUGAGCUUUGCAUCGAAAUUGUAUUCACAGAAGAAUAAAAACAAAACAAUA